GCCAGCCAAAGACACUUAGUUGAUGGAGCGCAGUGCCAGCCACACUCAGUUGAUGGAGCGCAGUGCCAGCCACAGACAGUUGAUGGAGCACAGUGCCAGCCACUGACAGUUGGAGCACAGUGCCAGCCACAAACACAUAGUUGACGGAGCGCAGUGCCAGCCACAAACACAUAGUUGACGGAGCGCAGUGCCAGCCACAAACACAUAGUUGAUGGAGCGCAGUGCCAGCCACAGAUAGUUGGAGCACAGUUCCAGCCACAAACACUCAGUUGAUGGAGCGCAGUGCCAGCCACAGAUAGUUGAUGGAGCACAGUGCCAGCCACAGACAGUUGGAGUGCAGUGCCAGCCACAAACACAUAAUUGACGGAGCACAGUGCCAGCCACAGACAGUUGGAGCACAGUGCCAGCCACAAACACUCAGUUGAUGAAGUGCAGUGCCAGCCACAGACAAAAAGCUAAAGUGAGUGUGAGGCAUGAUGUGGCUGCGGCUCCAGUGUAUGUCCUACUUGCUGACCCUGCCAGUACUUGCAGUUGAUUUCCAGACGGAAAAAGACGGUGUCGAGGAUGACAUCUCUCACGGAAAUGCAGAAUCACACAAUGAUGGACGUAGGUGGUUAUCACCUGCAGAGAUAGGACAACACAGUGUGGGGAUCAUAUCCUCUGGAGACAAAGAACCAUUGGAGGUUAGGGAUGACUCAUCACCCACAAAUGCAGAACUGUUAAAGGCUGGGGACGACCCAUUACUCACAGACUUAGAAUUACCCAGUUUUGGAGGCGACUUGCUAUAUGGAGAGCCAGAACUGUCCUUGAGUGCUGAAAACCCUCAUAGCAUUGGAGAGGAGUCGACUGGGGAUGCGUCCCUAAAUACCAUUCCUUUAUCUAAAUACAAUACCGCAACCACAGCAAUAGCUUCCAACAAUAAAAGCAAUGAUAAGGAACACAAAAGGGACAAAAACGCUGAAAUUAGUGACAAAACACAAGUCAGUGUCAAACAGAUCACUGCUAUUCCACCCCAGGUGUAUAGCUCUAGCACUGUGCUCUCUUCUGAGAGUAACAAGCUGGUCACUCGACCACGACGAGCAGGCAAUUCAAGAUUCAAUACGACAGGGCCAGAUUUCGACGUUUCCGGUCUUUGUAAAUCCUUAUAUAAAUCAUCGCAUGGACUACCGAGAACGCCUUUAGGAUAUGUUUACAAAAUUAAUUCACGCAGGUUCAUUUAUUUGUAUGUAAUGGAAAAAAUUGUUGAUAUAUGCCUACCCUUAUAUCGAUCCUUUUAUAAGUGUAAAGAGUACAAAUAUCUCACACUUUGUAUUGAACAGAAAGUAGGAUUUAUACAUUCACACGGUUGUAAAAGGAUCUCGGAAGAAGACAUAUUUUUCGAAUUUUUUCUUGGUCUUUACAUCAUUAGCAACGACACCGAGUGUAUGGAGAGGGUGUGUGAUGGUUCAUUCAGGUUCAGAGAAGCCAGCGUAAAAGGAGUUACAUAUCAGAUUUUUAAUCUUCGAGACUUUCGCGGAGGAAGUAAAGUAUGCCAUAAAAACUUUGAACUUCUAGGCACCUACGCAUCUGGCAGGUAUAAUAUAACGUAUUUAACUGUGAAUAAUCUUUGGCCAAUUUGUUGCCCUAUGUGCGUGGUGGUCUGGAACGACAAGCCAGAAGACUAUGGUAUCAAUGGUGGCUGGAGUUAUUUGAAUGACUCCUGUCGGGCAAGUGAGGUAUUGCUGAUCACGCUAGUGGCGUGUGUGGCAGUGAGUGGGGUGGUGGGUAAUGUGUUAGUUCUAGUGGUGAUGCUCACCAGUAGACAUGGAGGAGAGGAGUCCAGCAUGCUUCGCACCUCACUAGCCCUGGCCGACCUCCUCACCGUGCUCUUUGUAGUGAUCCCCGCCCUUUUCUACCACAUUUCCCCCUUUAUCAAACAAACUCAUUAUACAGUAUUAAACAAACGUGCUUAUUUUAACUAUAAGAGUGUUACAAAGCGUGACGCAACUGAGUUAAUAGCUAAAAACUUUUUGGUAUAUUCUAAGGGCUAUGUUUUGUUCCAAUCUCUUUUAAGCAAAACGUGUUCUACAGUGUCACUGUUUAUUAUGUUCUUGCUGAGCGUAGAGAGGUUAGUGCUGACAGGUCGUGCACUACGUUACUAUGAUUACAUUUCAAGAGGACGGAUCAAGUUAGUCAUUGUGUCCACCUGGGCUGUAAGUCUCAUGAUCGCUCUUCUGAACUCUUAUGAUGAACAUGGCUUCAUUAUUGCCUUAUGGUCAACCUUCUCCAAACUGCCAACCAGAUAUAUAAGAAAUUACCCAGAUGUUUUACUGUUUGCUUUUCUUUCUAAUUUACAUAUAGUCCUUCAUAUGAUAACUGUUUUGGCUACGGUGAUUUUAUCUAUGUUAGCCUUCAGGAAUUUUCUACGUGAGAGAGAACGUGAGCACUCCGAGUGGAACUAUGGCAUCAAGUCUACCAGAUUGUAUUCCAAAGAUGAUCGCCGAAUCUUAAUUACAAUGUCAUUUAUAACAGCAUUUUAUCUCAUCUCUGUUGUCCCUAGCGCAAUCCAGUUUCUCCUUUAUUCUACAGGUAACACGCCUAUUGAAGAAUUUUUACUUGACUAUUUUGCAUCAUGGAUAUUCUUGGUUAACACUGCCUGGAAUCCGUGGGUAUACAACUUCUGCAGCAGCCAGUUUAUCAGUGACAUGGCUGAGAUGCUCCACAGAGUGCUGCCGGAGAGGUUAGGCUGCAACCUUAAGCCACACAUGAUACAGUCGCAGCACGAGUAUAGAGAAGAUAAUUUUGAACUUAAUCCGCGGGCAAAGGUGAUGUUACGAAGACUGGGAUUCCCAGAAACUUGUGCUUGAGUGCCCGUGC